AUGCAACGCGCUGAGUCUGGUGGUGCUUCCACUACUGCGUCCCAGCAGCCUGCCUACAUCCAACUACCACCACUACCCACCGAUCUCAAGAUCCCCGAGCCCACCAAGCACAAGGGUGAAUCCGCACAUCGCUGGAAAAAUCUUUCGAACUUCGAGCACAUCGACAGCGUCCAACUGCUCUCCGGUGCACUCCACCCCAAUGGUCUCUGUGGCACUUUGAUGUUGGACCGACUCGUCAAGCAGUUCACCCACAGUCAGCUCGAGGACAGAAUUAACGAGCUGUACGCACUUGUGGAUGGCGAGAAGAAGAAGAAGCCCCUUUCGAGCUCAGCAAUAACCAAGCGCUGGACUGUGCUACUUAAGGAGAGGUAUCCUGACCAGACCGAGUACAACAACAAGAAGCAGGAGAUCAAAGACUUUCGAAAGACCAUCCGCGUGGCGCCGCGCUUUUCUGUUACGACACCCUCUCCAGCUACUACUCCAAGCUCCAUUACCUCUGCUCCAGCCACUCCAGGCGAGAGCCCUGCCACUUGCGAAGACCAUAUCAUGGAGGAUCAGGAAGAUGAGAGCAUCGACAUCGUGUCAGAGUCCGGCGGCCAGAUCACGGCGGUUAAGGAGGGAAAUGAGCCGGACAGUCCAGCCCAAGCUCAACAGAUCGAUGUCAUCCAGGCUGACAACAACGUCAAAAUCGUUCGCGCCGCCAGUACCAACAACGCCACCCUCACCACCAACACCACCACCAACACCAUCAACGCCACCAAUACCGCCAACUCACUACCACAGGGACAACCUUCAAUCAGCAUCGCUGCCAAUCUGUCGGCCGCCAGGAAAGCCAGAAUCAUUUUCCUUGAGGGCAGGAUCGCGAGAAAGUCUGCUAGGAUAGCAACAGACAUUGCCAGUAUCUCAAGCGAUAAUGCAGAGGCGGCCGAACUGAGGCAGCUGGAGAGGAAGAGCUCAUGA